AAAAAAAAAAAAAAAAAUGUCUUUCCAGGCAGCUGCAUUUGCAUUUCUAUUUCCAGGAAAUGCCAUGACCAACUCUAUCUUGGCUACAGCAUAUAUUUCUAUAUUCCCAAACCUGUUGUUAUAUUUCGUUCCUCCUGACAUUGACACAGGUGCUUUAAAUGUUCUUGUCAGUUUUGCUGUGGGUGGUCUUCUCGGCGACGUAUUUUUACAUUUACUUCCUCAUGCCUUCUUGGGUGAACAUACCGAGGAAAAUGCAGUUAUUACCAUUGACAACCAAAAGAAUGUUCUUAUUGGCACAGGUCUCUUUGUAGGCUUAUUCUUCUUUUUCUUUAUGGACAAAAUGAUGCGUGUAGUAAACGGUGGUAGUGGACAUAGCCAUGGUCAUGACCACAGUCAUGGUCAUGAUGUUAAAGAAGUUGGAACCUCUUCAUCAGUUAAAAAUGAUAACAAUGAGAAGGAAGGUUUAAGACAAAGAAAGACAGCUGACAAGAAGGAAGAAGAACAAGACAAAAUGACAGCCAAGAAUCAACAAGGAAUCAAAUUAAGCGCGUAUUUAAAUCUUUUGGCCGAUUUCACUCACAACAUGACAGAUGGUCUUGCCAUGGCAGCAUCAUUUUAUGCCUCACCAGCUGUAGGUGCUACUACCGCUGUUGCUGUAUUCUUUCAUGAAAUUCCUCAUGAAGUAGGCGACUAUGCUAUUCUUGUUCAAUCAGGGUUUAGCAAGAAGAAGGCUAUGAUGGCACAGUUCACCACUGCUGUUGGCGCAUUUUUGGGUACAUUUAUUGGUAUCAUGAUUGAGGAAUCAUCGCUCUCGAGUGGUGUUCAAGAAAAGGCAAGCGCUAUUACUUCUACGGGCUUAUUAGGUACUGACCUUCGUGUUGGUGAUUUGGUCAUACCUUUCGCUGCUGGUGGAUUUUUGUAUAUUGCUACUGUUGGUGUCAUACCCGAACUACUCGAUGUCACAGGCAAUCUGAAAAAGGAUAGAAAGCAAGCAUUCACAGAAUUCGCUGCAAUGCUUGUUGGAUUAGGUUUAAUGUUUGUUAUUGCUUGGAAUGACAUUGCAGCAUAGCAUUGAUAUCAUCAUAUUACAUUCCCCCUUUCUCUCUUAUAUUUCAUAGAAAGAUAUUGUUACUUUGCAGCAAUUGCUUAUAAAGAGUAUAUAUAUUACACU